CAUUCUACACCACUACCAUCACCACCACAACCUACAUCACUACUUACACACCACCACCACUCAUCACACCCACCACAACACCACCACCACUUUCCUAACACUAUUAUCACCACUUCCUCACCACAUACUGCCCCUACAACUACGCAUCACCAUCACCUCAACACCAUUUCUUCACUGCAAACACCACACAUAACAACACUUGCAUAUUUCUACCACUAGCAACACCAAACAGUCACCACACAUCAUCCCCACUAUCAAAACUAGCGUAUUUGUAACACCACCACCACCACCAUGGCCCUCAGCACCAUAGUUAAGUACGGUUAUGGUGUUGGGCACAUCUUUAACGACCUCUGUGCCUCCAUGUGGUUCACCUACCUGCUCGUUUACCUCCACUAUGUACUACAGCUUAGCCGCAGCACAUCGGGGUUCCUGCUGAUGGUGGGGCAGGUGGCUGAUGCAGUGGCAACACCUCUAAUUGGUCUGCAAAGUGACAGGGGGCAAGAGGCCUGUGGCUAUGGCAGGAGGAAGACUUGGCAUGCUGUCGGGACGCUGUGUGUGGUAGUGAGCUUUCCCUUCAUUUUUGUGGAGUGUGCUGGGUGUAUGGACCACCUCUUCAGUGUGUACCUCUUCCUCCUGCUGCUGGCCAUCUGUUUGUUCCAGUUUGGGUGGGCAGCAGUGCAGGUGUCCCACAUGGCUCUCUCCCUGGACCUUGUGAAUAGGGAGAGUGAGAGAGAGGAGCUCAACUUGAUUAGGUACAUUUUCUACGUAUCAAGCGAGGUCACACUCUCCUUUGUGGCCUGGGUGACCUUCAUGACCAUGGGGAGGCCAGGGGACACCUCUAUCAACCCUGGGGACUCCUACAGCUUUGAGGUCAUCACCAUAACCAUCAUUGGUGUUGGACUCAUAUUUUCCGGAGCCUUCCACGCACUCACCCCCGAGCCCCGAGCCCCCUCCUCCUAUGACCCACGGGGCAGACUGGGGCACUAUGGGAGAGUGGCCAGCAGCCCAACAGGCCCCUUCUCUCACCACUACACCACCAUGGGAGAUGAGGAGGCGCCCCCCACUGCCCUACGGUACCAGGGGGUGGGCAGGGCAUGGCAGGAGUGGCUGAGGGAUGAGCAGUUUUAUGUGCUGUGUCUGCUCUACACAGCAUCACGCCUCAUCAGUAACCUUGCCAGCAUCUACACCCCGAUUUAUGUUGCUGAGACGCUACAUGACAGAAGGCUGAUAGCCUUGGUGCCUCUGGUGAUGGCCCUGUCUGGGGUGGCUGCCUCCUUCCUCCUCAAGGUCCUCAAGAAACUGGUAGGCAGGAAGGGCAGCCUAGUGGUUGGGGUGGUGGUGGGGGGGGCAGCCUGCACGGUAGCCGCCCUGCCUGGCCUGCCACCCUGGGUGGUGCUGAGCCUGGCAGUGCUGUGGGGUGUGGCGGGCGCCCUCAUGGUGGUGGUGACCCUGUCCAUGGCUGCUAAGCUCAUUGGGGACUACACGGACUCCUCAGCCUUCGUGUAUGGCGGUAUGAGUUUUGUUGACAAGAUAACCAAUGGCUUUGCUGUUCUGCUCAUCCAGGAGUUAACAAGAGUUGGGUGUGAUGGGGACGACUGCUCAGAGUAUUACCGGCUGGUGGUGAGUCUGGGGCUGAUGGUGCCUCUCUUCAUGGCACUGCUGGCGCUCUUCCUCCUCAACCGGGACAGAAUCUGCAGCCUCCUUCACGGCAGCUCUGGCCUUGUGGUGAACGAGUCAGGAGAGCAUGAUGGGCUACUGUCGUCCACCUCCUCCUCCUCUAGUGAUGGCCUUCUGCUAGGCCCUGGUGUCACCCUGGGCUACGGGACACUCACCAAGGCUUGAGGUACUGAGCUGCAAUGCCACAGGGAGUCAGCACCACACACCAAGAUCUCCAUUACUGCAGAACAAUACCAAUGCAAUAAUAUGAUGCUUAAAGAACAUUCCCUGCUUCCACCAUCUCUUCUGCUUUUAGUUAUCCAAUCUCUCCUGCAGUUGGUAUACACUCCCUGUCUCUAUCUCCUCUUCUGUUUACAUUUAUACAGACUCCCUUCAGUUCCUUGUGUCUUUCACCAAUACAGCAGUUUUCCAUCACUGUGCUGACAAGGGAAUGGCCAAGGCAGAGGCAUACAUAGUACAUGAUGGGGUUUAAUAAGUAUACGGUGAUAAACACUUGGAACCUUUUGCUUGAGUGGGUAGUUUCAGCAACUUCUGUAAAGAAAUUUGAGGCAAAAUUAGCUCUACUCCAGGCAAACCAAGAAUUAUAUUAUGAUUAUAAAACCUAUAAGAUUCGCCACACGCUACCAAAAUAUGGAAAUGAAGAUCUGAUGUCACAGGAAAAGGCCUCUUCCAGGAAGUCAACUGUAACAAACUGUAAGAAAUGCUGAGAAUGGUGAUAUAGAUGGUGGAAUUCUAAAAAUAAAUAAAUAAUAUGAUCUGAAA